AUGUCCGCUCCUUCUGCAAAUCCAGACUCGAGCGUAGCUCCCGAAAGUCACACACGACCUUCAAAUCAGAUGCCUCAUGGUGUACCAUCCUCCCCAGAGACCGUAGAGCAGCCAAAGAAGAAGCGAUCUUUCCUCCGCAUACCGUCUCGUUCUUCAUCAAAGAAAAAUAAAGAAGCCUCGCAAUCAGAUGAUCUUAACCGGGAAGGCACCGGAGCAUCGCUAUCCACUUCGCAAACAAAUCUGACGGGGAGCCACAGCAAAGCUAGUAGCACAACGUCAAGACAUGCGCAGCCUCUGGAACAAGGUGUCGCCCAUAUUGGUGCCAAAAAUGGAGCUCCACGGGCCGAACAUGACUCAAAGGUGGAAAGGAAACAAAGAGGUUCACUCUGGUCGUUCUUGAGCUGCUGCCGUGCGCCCGACGAUGGAGAAGACACAACCUCGCUCCCACCAAAGCAGACUGUCAAACCCAAUUCCAUACGGACCACGCAGCCGAUUUCUGAGAAGGUGGAUGCUGGUGUUGCAGAAUCGAGUAGUGCCGAAAGGAAAGAUGAAAGUGAUAUUACUGAGAAACCAGCUAUCAAGGUGUUUGAUGAGCAAAGUAUGCCCAAGGCGGAAAAUGAUGCCGUGGCGGCAGUUGAGAAGGCUUCUGUAGCAAAGAAUGAGGAUGAGGAGGCAUCCACCCUUUCUGGCCGUGAUAGUAACACUCAUCAUCAAACUGAGCCAGUAGCCGCGGAAAGUUCCAGACAUGUGUUGCCAGAGGAGUCUGGUGCCCCAAAUUCUAUAGUUGCCCCUCCAUCUGAACAACAAAAAGAACCCACAGCAACCACCGCUGAGCAGCAGAACAAGACUGACGAGGCCAACAUGAAUGACCAAUACCCAACCACAAGUGUUGAUGAGCCAGCUGCUGAAGCAAAUCACCAAGUUGUUCAUCAAGCCAACCUCCCACCUCCGCCCCCAUUGGACCGCCCAUAUAUUCACUCUACCUCCGAAAAGCAGGCUCCUCCUGUCCCCUCGGUUCAGACUGAAAAACAAAAAUGGCUAUUGCCUCCUAUUCAAGAUCAUUUUACUGGCAGGAAAUGUCUAGUGUUAGAUCUGGAUGAAACACUUGUCCUUGACAAAGCCGAUUUCACUAUACCUGUGGAGAUAGAGGGGCAGUAUCACAAUAUUUAUGUGAUCAAACGCCCUGGAGUAGACCAGUUCAUGAAACGUGUUGGUGAACUUUAUGAAGUCGUUGUUUUCACCGCGUCUGUCUCUAAGUAUGGAGAUCCUCUACUAGAUAAACUAGACAUUCAUAAAGUUGUUCAUCAUCGCCUAUUCAGAGACAGCUGCUAUAACCAUCAAGGGAACUAUGUCAAGGACCUAUCGCAAGUCGGUCGUGACCUGAAAGAAACCAUCAUCAUUGACAACUCCCCAACCUCGUACAUAUUCCACCCAAAGCACGCAAUUCCGAUUAGCAGCUGGUUCUCAGAUGCCCAUGACAACGAGCUUCUUGAUCUUAUCCCAGUCCUCGAAGACUUAGCUCACAGCCAAGUACGAGACGUGAGCUUGGUGCUCGAUGUCGCCUUAUAG